AUGCCUGCAUCUGUUGAUUUUAAAAUCAAGAUUCUGUGUGUACACCUGUGGAUUGUCAAUGCCGUCAUUCUUGAUCUUCUUUCAUGUCGGGCUAACAUCAGAUGUUCCUCACUGAGAAACGUGACAUGCCGCUUCAUUGAUGCAGGGCCUUUUACAACUGUUCAUAUGACGUCUGGGCCAUUCCCUGACGCCCCUAGAUGUCACAACAUCACGGCGAGUCCUCUACUAAACAGGGCGGGGCUUCAGCUGGUGAUCACGUGGGCAGGACCUGCUGAUGGAUCCUUUGUAUUCCUUCGAGGAUUUUACCUGGAAAUAGCUCUAUCCUCCAACGCCUUUCCAGCUGGAAGUUACAUCAUAGAUCUCAUUGAUAAUGGCCACAUCUUCAGCAAUAGAUCAUUGUUCUCCUUAUUAAUUGAGACUUUCCAGAUGACGUGUGAGUAUAAUGAACCGUUAACACAGCCCCUCUACGUCUAUGUAUCCAGUCUGCCAUCUCCUUCUGAUCUGAAUUAUCUGGAUGAUGCUUGUAAAUUAACCCUCGACUAUCCUCCAUCUAUUUCCAGCACCGCCGAGAUGUCAUUGGGAAUAACCGCUGUGAAUAUGAAUCCUCCUACAAAUGGAAUAUCCUAUAAAGAGGACAAAGAUUGGUAUGCCGUUGCAAUAAUUACCCCUUCAGCUGUAAUCGUAACAUUACUUACUAGUGUCAUCAUUCUCUCUCUCUGGCGAAACGAAAACUGUCGACCAGAGUUUUUAUUCCAUCAGAAUCCGAUCAGUACAAUUCUGGCCAAUCAGAAUUUUAUCAGCCACUUUCUGACCAAUCAGAAUUUUAUCAGCCACUUUCUGGCCAAACAGAAUUUUGCCCCUCUACACCAAGUCAAUCAAGAGAUAGUCCCAACCAGUCAGAAUCCAAUCUAUCAACUUGUGUAUCAGAACAAAUCUCUAUCAUAUCUACAUUUGAUCCGAUUCAAUACAUCUCUGACCAAUCAGGAUUUGACCUAUUGUGUUCUGGCCAAUCAUUGCCUUUACCACUUAUAAAUAACCAAUCAGGAUCUUGUCGACUGCAUUCUGACCAAUCAGUGACUAUACUUAACACAAUGGAGCCACCAGGAUCUCAUUUUUUAUAUGACAUCUCGGAGGCUAGUUCCGCUAGCUCUGACCAUACAGAGGAUAUAUGUACACAACUAGGUUUGCGUGUAUCCGUCGACCAACUACGUGGCAGUCAUGUUUGUCGGACGGAAUAUGUCACAGAUUGGCUGUAUGAACCAGAAGGUGUAACACCGGAAGUGUGUAAUCAAAGGGACUCAAAAACGUCGACAAUAGAUGAAGAAAUUAAACAGGAGUUUCUCAUAUCAAAUUUUUCCAAAAUUGUGUAGAAAAUGAAACGACAUUUGUUUCUAACAAUGGAUGUAAAAUUAAUCAGUGUAAUACUUUGCAUCGUUUAAUUUUCCUUUAGAAUGUCAGAACAAUGUUAUUAUUUAAAAACGAGAUUUAAGGCGUUUGAUCUCUGUGUAUUUUUUAACCAUUUUAAAAUCUAAAGGGGAAAAAUUCGUUCAUUUGCUCUGUAGAAAAAUAUAUAGUUUCAUUUCCGUUCAUAGCUGCAGACAUAUGUGGUUAAAUUUGGGCCCACGGUUCGUUGAGCUACAAUCGCAACUUCGACCAGAAAGACAGACAAAAUAAAAGAUGCCAAUGUCCUUGGUUCCCUGGUGACGUCAGAUAGUUACUGUUGAGUUUUGGGUGCCUGAAUGUGUUGGUACAUCAAGUGACACUGGAACAAUCAAACGAUGUUUGUUUGUGUUUUAAGAGAAGAAAACAAGGAUGAAUCUACAACGUCUGGAAUAAGUUGUUUUCUUUCUGUUGUCAGGCAUGUUUUAAUUAAAAGGGUUUCAAAUAGCAUUACGUGGCAACCUGAGAAUUUAUAUUGGACCAAUUCUACAAUUACUGAAAGAGGUUAGCGGUAUGCAUUUCUUUAAGGUAGACCAAGUGUUUUAGAAAUUUGUGUCAAACCAAACUUUUUUCAUGUGUACAGUUAAAACAACAAAACAACUUAUAAACUUACUAAAAAGGUUUAAAUAUUCAUACCUUUGCAAUAUAUUUUCUUACAGUGAGCUUCAGCUCAAAAGGUCCAAAAAUUCAACAGCCAAAUUUUAACACAAUGAAGCGUGAUCUCAUAACUUAAAUCAUGCACCAAAAUACAUUAAAUUAGAUUACAAUUUAAGAAAAUCUAAUGAUAGUUGUUAAAUGAAAAUGUCUUAUCGAUUUUCUACAAAAAAUAUAUACAAAUAAUAUUACAAUUAUUCUCCACACAAAUUUAAAAAGAAUUCACAAAAUUUCAUAUUUUUGGAAAUUUCUAAAACAUUCUACAGUGUACAUGCUAUUUUUAUUAAAGAUUUAUUAAGAGUUAUAUAUUCUGUUAACAAAAUACAUAGUUUAUCUAAAUUGAUCGGCUAGUUUUUGUUUGAUAGUCUCUUGAACAUGUAUACCCCCAUAUUGUUUGAUUUAGUUCUACAAGUUGUUUUAGCAAACAUUGGGAUAAAGUUGAAAUAUACCAAAUAGACAUAAUCUAACAGUGAAUUUAGAUACUAUAUAUAUUAAGUAACUAGACAUUAAUUUGCUACA